CGGGUCUGGCCCCAGUCGAGUCCAGCCAGUAGGGGCUCCAAGCCGAGACUCCGGCACGCCCGGCCGGAAACUAGCACGACACCCUCAGCUGAGUCGUCCGCCGUCCCAGCAUUCCCUGCGACCUUACCAUCGAGAGCCGCUUCCGGCGUGGUAGGUGUAGGCGGGUGAAAAAGGAGCGGGCGCUCUCUGCUCUGUCUCAUUCCCUCGCGCUCUCUCGGGCAACAUGGCGGGUGUGGAGGAGGCAGCGGCCUCCGGGAGCCACCUGAAUGGCGACCUGGAUCCAGACGACAGAGAAGAAGGAGCUGUCUCUACGGCUGAGGAGGCAGCCAAGAAAAAAAGACGAAAGAAGAAGAAGAGCAAAGGGGCUUCUGCAGCAGGGGAACAGGAACCUGAUAAAGAAUCAGGAGCCUCAGUGGAUGAAGUAGCAAGACAGUUGGAAAGACAAGCAUUGGAAGAUAAAGAAAGAGAUGAAGAUGAUGACGAUGGAGAUGGCGAUGGAGAUGGAGCAACUGGAAAGAAGAAGAAAAAGAAGAAGAAGAAGAGAGGACCAAAAGUUCAAACAGACCCUCCCUCAGUUCCAAUAUGUGACCUGUAUCCUAACGGUGUAUUUCCCAAAGGACAAGAAUGCGAAUACCCACCCACACAAGAUGGGCGAACAGCUGCUUGGAGAACUACAAGUGAAGAAAAGAAAGCAUUAGAUCAGGCAAGUGAAGAGAUUUGGAAUGAUUUUCGAGAAGCCGCAGAAGCACAUCGACAAGUUAGAAAAUACGUAAUGAGCUGGAUCAAGCCUGGGAUGACAAUGAUAGAAAUCUGUGAAAAGUUGGAAGACUGUUCACGCAAGUUAAUAAAAGAGAAUGGAUUAAAUGCAGGCUUGGCAUUUCCUACUGGAUGUUCUCUCAAUAAUUGUGCUGCCCAUUAUACUCCCAAUGCUGGUGACACAACAGUAUUACAGUAUGAUGACAUCUGUAAAAUAGACUUUGGAACACAUAUAAGUGGUAGGAUUAUUGACUGUGCUUUUACUGUCACUUUUAAUCCCAAAUAUGAUACAUUAUUAAAAGCUGUAAAAGAUGCUACUAACACUGGAAUAAAGUGUGCUGGAAUUGAUGUUCGUCUGUGUGAUGUUGGUGAGGCCAUCCAAGAAGUUAUGGAGUCCUAUGAAGUUGAAAUAGAUGGGAAGACAUAUCAAGUGAAACCAAUCCGUAAUCUAAAUGGACAUUCAAUUGGGCAGUAUAGAAUACAUGCUGGAAAAACAGUACCGAUUGUGAAAGGAGGGGAGGCAACAAGAAUGGAGGAAGGAGAAGUAUAUGCAAUUGAAACCUUUGGUAGUACAGGAAAAGGUGUUGUUCAUGAUGAUAUGGAAUGUUCACAUUACAUGAAAAAUUUUGAUGUUGGACAUGUGCCAAUAAGGCUUCCAAGAACAAAACACUUAUUAAAUGUCAUCAAUGAAAACUUUGGCACCCUUGCCUUCUGCCGCAGAUGGCUGGAUCGCUUGGGAGAAAGUAAAUACUUGAUGGCUCUGAAGAAUCUGUGUGACUUGGGCAUUGUAGAUCCAUAUCCACCAUUAUGUGACAUUAAAGGAUCAUAUACAGCGCAAUUUGAACAUACCAUCCUGUUGCGUCCAACAUGUAAAGAAGUUGUCAGCAGAGGAGAUGACUAUUAAACUUAGUCCAAAGCCACCUCAACACCUUUAUUUUCUAAGCUUUGUUGGAAAACAUUAUACCAGAAUUAAUUUGCAACAUGUUGUCUCUUUUAACAGUGGACCCAUGUAAUACUUUUAUCCAUGUUUAAAAAAGAAGGAAUUUGAUCAAAGGCAAACCAUCUAAUGUAAUUAACCAACGAAAAAGCUUUCAGGACUUUUAAAUGCUAACUGUUUUUCCCCUUCCUGUCUAGGAAAAUGCUAUAAAGCUCAAAUUAGUUAGGAAUGACUUAAACGUUUUGUUCUGAAUACCUAAGAGAUACUUUUUGGAUAUUUAUAUUGCCAUAUUCUUACUUGAAUGCUUUGAAUGACUACAUCCAGUUCUGCACCUAUACCCUCUGGUGUUGCUUUUUAACCUUCCUGGUAUCCAUUUUCUAAAAAAUAAAGACAUUUUCAGAUCUGAGAGCUACAUCUCAAUGUUUGUGGUUAUAAUUCUGGACAGGAUAAAUAGCUAAACUUAAUGUUGGCAAAUGCAGAGACAUGUAUCUGAAAUGUAGACCUCCACACUGAGACUUUUGUGGCAUAGUGGCUAAAACAAGAUCUACACAUGCAUAAAGAGGGACAAACACCUUUUCUUCAUAAAUACACAGCUUUAGGAAUAUUUCACCAUUCUUUAUAGGACAUAGUAGUCCUUGUGUUUUUUUCCCCUGACAUUGGAAAGAGGCGCUAAUUGAAACUUGACUGAGGAACAUUGUGCCAACUGGAAACCUUGAUUUAGUAAAAAUCUUAAUGUUCAGAUCCUUUUUAUCAGGGAGUGUAUUCAGCUUGCUCAGAAAACCAAAAGGGCAUUAAAGCCACAAAAGCAAAGAAGAAAAAAAAAGCUUCCAUGUUUGGAUCUUGUUCUAGUUAGAAAAAUUAAGUUGAAAUUAUUGGACUUUUUCAUUCAUGAGGCAAAUGCUGUAAUACGUCGCCCUUUGACAGGUUUGGAUUCUUAACAUUACUGGUGGUAUUUCAGGAAGUGAGGUGACAGUUACUUAUAGCGGCUAAGUGUAUUAAGUUGAAUGUAACGAUGGUAAUAUUUUGUUUUAACUGAGGCCCACUACUGAUUCUUUAACAAAUUGCUUGAAUUCUUAUAUGUAAAUAAUUUUAUGGGAAUGUUCCAUCAUAAUUUCUAAAUCGUUUAUAUACCAAGGUAGCCUUAAUUUGUGUAUGUUUCAGUACAGUGAGAUUUUAUUGCCUCUGGGAUGCUGUUUAGUUUGUAUUUUGUUAAACGUUUUUAUCUUAGGAAGAGAAACCUACAACUUCUGUACCUAGAUCAUCUGUUACAUUAAAAAGCUGUUCUUUCAGCAUUAGAGCUAUAAAUGAAUGUUAUCUUGUGGGGAAACAAUCUAGGUUUUAGCUGUAUGAGCUAUAUUUAUUAUGGUGCUAAUAUGUUCAAUAGCCACAUUUGACUAAUUUCUGCAUUUUCUGUGAUGCUGUGGCUGGCAGCAGAGCUCGCCAGUUCACGCCUGGACAUACUGUCAGGGCUGGGUCCUCCAGCUCUCUCCUUUGAGGUUGAGUCCGUAUCUUUUUAUGUGGAAGUAUAAAGCAAGUAUCUUGAUUUCUAAAUCCAGGAAUUUUAGAAUUGACCUUUAUGAGUGAAGACUUUUGGAGCUUUUAAAGAUCUCGGCAGUCUUUGAUCUCAAACCAAUUAGGAGCUCCAAGUUCCCUUCCCAGGUAACUGUUGGGAACAGUGGCAUCACUGUAUGAUGCCCUUGUAGUGGCUGGAAGGGACACGAUCUUGUAAAUAGGAAAGCCGUCACUUAAAUUGUAUUGUUUGCUUAUUAGCCAUGUAUCCCUUAAAAUUCUGUUAUGUUUACAACGAUGUACCUUAUUGGCAACAAAUUAUUAGUUUGAUGUUUAACAAUAGUGCCUUUAGUAAAUUAUUUUACAACUAAAA